UUUUUUUUUUUUUUUUGAAGGAUCUAUAGCUGAUCAUGGAAGUCCACCGCUGCCGAUUCGUAGAGUACCAGCCUGCGGCAUGCAACACUCUCGACUUUACUCCACCAAGUGUCAGUGUGCCACGCCUAGCCUGUGGUAGAGCUAAUGGAAAUAUCGAGAUUUGGGAUCCUAGACACAAGUAUAGACUUGAAAAGAUCAUUCCAGGAGGUGCUAACAUGUCCGUUGAAGCUUUGGUAUGGUCUCAUCAAACUGUACUCACUGAUACCGAUGAUUACGACACUCCAGAAGAAUUGGAGGCUGCAAAAAAGCGUCAACUGGCCGAGAAACCUCGACUUUUUACAUCGGGCUUGAACCCUUACAUUGUGGAAUGGGAUACUGUUGAACUACGUGCAGAGCGUUUUGUUGAUUCAAACGGAGGUGCAAUCUGGUGCAUGGCAGUCAACAGUAUUGGAACUAUACUCGCUGCUGGAUGCGAAGAUGGAGCAGUUCGUCUUUUCGAUAUUGCUGACGGAAAUCUCGAAUUUAUGCGUGCAUUUGAAAAGCAGAAGGGCCGUGUUCUUUCAAUAGCUUGGACCAGCGAUGACAAUAGCAUCGUUACCGGCUCUUCUCACAGUAACAUCACAAUGUGGGAUGUCAAGACAGGAAGAGCGAAGAAGCGCAUGACUGUUGACAGAAUCAAGAAGGAGGAUACCUUGGUUUGGUCCAUUGCUUCAUUACCCAAUGGCAUUAUAGUCAGUGGAGAUUCGCUCGGCAAUGUCAUGUUCUGGCAAGCCAGUUCAGGAACCUUGCAACAAAGUUUUAAAGCUCACGGAGCGGAUAUUUUGACAGUAGUUGCCUCAAGAAACGGACAGCGUGUCUAUACCGCAGGUGUUGACCGUCAAAUAGUUGCCUUCAAGGUGGUGGAUGUCACAGAUGAGAAGAAAUCCAAGAAAAAUACCAACAGCGGCAAGGUGAAUGGAAAUGAGAUCAUCAACAACCAAGGUCGUUUGAAAUGGGUUAUUGCGGGUAACCGUCGCUACCAUUCUCAUGAUAUCCGCGCCCUCGCAUUACAUGAUGAUCGUAAUGUCGACUCUUUAGUCUCUGGAGGAGUCGAUGUGCAAUUGAUCGCUGUUCCCGCUGCUGAUUUCCCCAAUCUCAUCCAAAACAAACUGCCACCUUGUCCACAGAAGGAUCUCAUAAGUGUCAGCAAAUCCAAGCGCUUAAUGAUGUGCACCUUUUUCAACUCUGUUGUCGUUUGGCGGUUAGGAAAGGCUAUCAGUAACCAUGAUGGUGAUAGCGCAAGUGCUGAUCCUCAAUUGGUCGAGCCACAACAAGCAGUUCUAGAAUUGAAGUUGAAGGACGAGAACUACCUGACGUCCGGUGCCCUGUCUGAAGAUGGUCAAUGGAUUGCAGUGGCGGAUAUUGAAAAUGUCAAGCUUUUUAGAAUUCGAGAGGAUCCACAAUCUCCUGGUCAACUCAAGGUUAAGAAGCAGGCACGACUUCAGAAUGCUUUGGCUGCAUAUUUGAACAGUGAAGAGGUCAUUGGUGCCCAUCAUGUUAUCUUUACACCUGGAUCGGAUAGGCUCAUCAUCGCUACUACCGACUCUCGGAUAUUGGUCUGUUCAUUGCUGAAAUGGGAAAGUGGAGACUUCGAAGUUCUCUGCGAGUUCCAGGAUCAUCGUGAUAGUAAGACUCUCAACGCGAAACGCCAGAUCGGAACCCUUACCUCGAUGACCAUCAGUGCUGAUGGACAGUGGCUGGCUACGGCAGAUCACUUGAACCGAAUUAAUGUUUUCAACUUGGAUAGCCUCAAGCCCCACGUAAAGUUACCAGUAUCAAAAACACCCUGCACAGCUAUAUCAUUCAACCCUUAUAGACCCAACGAUCUACUUGUUGCAUUAGCUUCUAACGAGUUUUACAUCUAUGAUGUUGAGAAAAAGCGACACACAGAAUGGUCACAGAAGAACGCACAUAACUUACCAAAGUACUUCUUGGAAUUACGAGAUCGAAUUAUGGGAGUUGCUUACAACCCUGCUCAGCCUGAUAACAUGAUCGUGUAUGGCAGCACAUACCUUUGCUCUGUUGAUCUGACGCGAGGAACUGGUGAAAGGAAUUCCAUCUCAAGUCUCAGCAAGCGAAAGGAUGCCGACAAACAGGCUGAAUUGAUAUCACAGAAGAGAAAGGAUAACAAAAACGAAGAUGAGGUAUAUGGAAAGUCUGGCCUAGUGAAGGCCGCCAAGAACAAAUUCGGAGAGUCCAAUUUCUUGGUCUCCAACAAGUAUCAACAGAUACUCUACACUGGUUUUGUAGAUGCUAAUGAGAUGGUAGUGGUUGAGCGACCAAAAUUCAGUAUGUUGGAAAAGCUACCCCCAUCAUUCUACAAGCCUCACUUUGGAACAUAGAUUGCAUAUUAUUGUUUGUUUUUGUAUUUUCUACCACUUUGUAUUUUGCAUCGUUUUCCCUGAU